AUGGGUCUGAACAAGCGUGGAUUAGGCACAUAUGCGCAAUAUCCAUGUCCUGUCGUAGGGGCUGUAGAUGUAGUGUGGGCUACGAUAGCCACCAUGGCAAUGAACACAUUUUCAGGGAUAUGUGGAAGGUUCUAUCAUGUGACCAACAUCCUAGCUUUUUGGGCCAUCUUCUUCAGUUGUCUCAUUGUUAUUGGGCUCCUAUCUGGAGCAGUUGGCAGUGUGAGUGGAGUAGGGGCAUCCUCCAAAGUCCUGUUGUUUAAUGGAGAUGGGGAACUGAGGAGAAAGAAAAAGAGUGCAGGAAAACAGCAAGAGUCUGACUUCUCUUGCUCCACGUCAGCCGGCCUAGGAUCCACAGAUUUACCGACUGACUGCAGGCAAGAGAAAUUGAGUCGGAACGACCCGACCGGGGACUACGCAGAGGAGAGGCGACGCUGGAGGUCUCCAGGUCAGAAUAGGCACUGCGUGCGCUCUCCAAAAGAGCGGCGCAUUCGGAGUCAGCAGCAGCGUUCAGCCACCCAAAGCUUAGCUGCCCAGCUCAGCUCUACGUCCUCCAAAGGCGUCAAUCUGGACGCUCCCCCCACCAUAGAAUCGCCCUUAGGGGCAUUUCCAAACACCGGCACCAUGAAUUACGAGGAGGAGCUGACCCCUGAAGCUCUGAGUGUGCCUAGCGGCUUUGAUGACCUGAUCACCACUACCACCUCCCAGGUGCUGCAAGCCAUGUGCAGCGCCGCGUCUGCGAUUGGUCGAGCUGGCCGAGAUGGCGUGCUCUCCAUGAUGGAUAAGCUGCCAGACCAUAUGUCAAACAUGAACGAGCUGGCUGACCUUUCGGGUCUCCUACCUUCAGAAGUGGUGUCCCAAGACGAGCAGGCGCAGUUCUGGCUAGUGAUAGGGUACACCGUAGUGGUCUUUGCUGCUAUCCUAGGCAACUGGGUCUUAAACCAUAUAAUUAUGAAGUACAAGAGAGUGCACACUGCCAGUGGCCUCUUCGUUGUCAACAUUUCUGUGACCAACAUGAUGCUGGCUCUUCUCAGCUCCCCAUUCACCAUGGUGCGCUAUGUUUGUAAUUCCUUGGUACUUGGGAAGAUGGCAUGUCAUCUCAGUUGUUUUGCGCAGUUCUCCUGUGCCUAUGUAACUGUGAUGACCAUGGUUGCUAUUUCUUUGGACCGACAUCGGGUGAUGCUGUAUCCCCUGAAGGCCCGUAUUAGUCUGAUGCAAGGCAAUGUUUGCAUCAUUAUCAUAUGGAUCCUGAGCACCUGUGCUGCUUUGCCUCAUGCCAUUUACCAGAAGCUUUACCAGGUGAAAAUUGGAAACACGACUGAAGAAAUUGCCUGCCUCCCAAGUUUCCCACAUGCUUCAAAAUCUGCGUGGAAAUACCUUGACCUGAGCACCUUUCUGCUGUUCUUCAUCUUGCCAUUGAUGAUAUUGGUGGCUGUCUAUGGUCAUGUGGCCAAGAAGCUGUGGAUCCAUGAUGCUGUUGACGAUAUCAAUAUCCAUACUUACAUCUGCCAACGUGGGAAGAAGAAGCAGACCCUGAAGAUGCUGAUGACAGUGGUCCUUCUCUACACAGUCAGCUGGCUCCCCCUCAACCUCUACCUGGUGUUGCUAUCCAGUGAGGCGAUAUCAAGCCAUCACAACCUUUAUUUUUUCUUCCACUGGCUGGCAAUUAGCAGCUCCUGCUACAACCCCUACAUUUACUUCUGGCUCAGCGACAGCUUCCGGAUUGAAGUUCAGAAGAUCAUCCUGGAAAUCCAGAAGAUGGUACUAGGCGGAAUCAGCCGCCUGAGAGGGGAGCACCACCAACUAAACUCUGUCUCACCUACCCACCGCCCUUCCUUUGUGGAUCCUAAUCCUGGCGUGCCCAUAUUCCCCAGAUUUAAAGAUUUUGAUGAGUUACCUAGUCCCCCUCCCUCCCCAGUAGUGGAAAUCUCUUUUAUUUACCCUUCAGUGCCUAGAGUUUAAGCUGCCCAGACCGCAAGAUUUACUCAUCCUCAAAAUACCAGAGAUAGGAUGAGGCUAAAAUAACUAGAAUUUAUUCACUUCUCAUGAGGGUGGGGCCGGUACUUGAGUGAUAGAGGCCAUGUGAGCCACCAUAUGUCUCAUUUACGGUUUCAUUUUUCCCUGUCUUUUUUUCAUAUUCUCCUUUCCUACUUUUUCUUUCCACACCAAGUACACUGAGGAUAUCCGACAUCCAGAUGCAUUAGAGAUGUUUCUGUACUGCUGACAAGAAAAUUUCACUCUGACUUAGGGUUUCCUGAACUGCACCUGUUUCUCUUCACCAAUGUCCCUCUCCAUUCCUGUAUACCACCAUGCCAUGGUUCUUGUUUUUUGAUUACUGAUAUUGCCUUGGGAGCUGUUAAAACCCCUAGCAAUUCUUAAAUGUAUUUUACUUAAAUGGAUAACAUGCUAA